AUGAUCCAUUCAAAAGUUGAAGAAGACGGAUGACGAGCCUCGGAGGACGGGAGCUAGCGGCCUCCUCAUUUUUUAGGAGACUUUUUGAGUAAUUUCUUCGGCUCUAGUGCGACAGAGAAGACAAGAUGCCCCCGAAGAAGAAGAACAAGCCACAAAGGAACGGCUUCUGGGUGUACAUGCAAGAGAUGAUCCCGGAGUUCAAGCGACAGGGCUACCAGAUGCCAAACGGCAUGGCAGAUGUUGUCAAACUCGCCCACCCAUCUUGGAAGGCCCUGCCGGAUAGUGAGAGGCAGGCGUAUGAUAGGCAGGCCAAGGCACUCAAACAGAGCGCCGCUGCUAUGGGCGGUCGCCUGGACUGUAUGGGCAGACCUUUAGCUGACCGAGUGGACACAGAAGAAGUGAUGCAGAAGAGACGUCGGGAGGAGAGGAAGAGAGUUGUGCAAGCCUGGCCUCCGGGAAAUGGUGUUGUUCAGGAGAAGUUCUUGUUGCUGAGUAUCCAGUCGCUGUGUGAGCUGCCUGAUAACAUGGGCUACAUGCCGUGUGAGAUCGGAGUGGUGGAGUAUUCCCUACAGGACGGUAUCACACGGGAGUUCCACCGGUUCAUCAAACCCGGGAAACCACCGCUGGGGUAUAGAUACCUGUGCCAGAGUACCAGUGACAACACACAUCAGAUCCCUGUUGAGGGGUUUGAGCUUGCUGAGGGCAACUACCACCAACUCUGGGCAGACCUCUGCAACUUUGCCAGCCCCAACGGCAGAAACUUUCCUCCACUCUACAGCCAGGUGACACACACUGCCAUGUGUGAGUGGUGCUUGGACUGGUUGGCAGAGAGGGCUGAGGAGUACAACAGGUUCCGAGUGUACGAGUUGGAUGGACUAAUUCAGGACUUGUACGAACACCACAGCGGCCCUCCCCCGUCCAUGAGCAUGAUCGCCUCCAUCCUGAACACUUCAGUCUUCGACUAUGAGGAAGGGUCCAGUUGUGAGUACCAUGCCAGCAAGGAGGUGAAGCAUUGUGCGCUGGGAGCAGUCAAGAGAUUCUGUUUCUCUAUCAGUGACUCCAUGGCACAAGUGUACGGCCUGGAGCUGACUCCCCGCCACCUCCCCGAGAGACCUGAGAACAAGGGCCACUACACCAUCCUGCCCUCUGAUGCCUUUGCUCUGGACCGAAGGCCUGCAUAUGAUCCUCCAUAUCGGCAGAGGCCACCAUCACAGCCUAGAGGACCAACCUACAACCCCCCUUCUUCCUAUGGCAGAGACCAGCGCAAUGGUGUUGCAGUUGCCUCAUCCUCUGAUGGUGCCUUCCCUGCAAGGGACAUACGUGUACAUGCACAACCGAGCCAUUCAGCCAGCUCCUCAAGUGUGCCUGAAACCCAAGCACUGCGGAUACCUACCACUCCUGGUUUUGUUGCCCAGCUGAGUGGUGCUGUUGUGGCAGGCCUGGGGCGCGGGCGCGGGCGCGGUGCCCUGGGACUGACACCUGAACAGAUGAGGAACCUGACAACCGGCGGGAGACCCCAAUCUCAGUCUGUUGGAGGUCUGCAGCAGCAGAUGGCCGGCCUGACUGUUCAUACUCAGCCCAUCGGCCAGGAGACAUUUGAUUGACGCAGAGUACCCAACAACACCAGUCUGUCUACAUUCAACCAAACGGUGGAGAAACCUUUGAAAGUUUGGACUACGGGACAACGCUCCAGCCUGAUUGUCCACUUUAAUGGACAAGCCAGGAAACAUUUAACUGACAUAGACAACAGAACAACACUCGUCUGACUGUCCACUCUGACUCACGUGGACUGCAUUCCAUAAAACAUUCCAGCUUCCAACACUCUACCUUUUUAUUUGUCCAUAUUUCAUAUUUCUGCAGUUAUAAAAGGAACAACCGCUCUCAAAAGUUCCAGGAUACAGUAUACAGCCUUACCUAUCUCAGCAAUGGCUCAGUUGAUCAUUUUUUGUUUUUUUUUUACAAAGGACUUUUUUUUUACAAAGAGUUCAGAUACUAGUAAAGUAGUAGUUGAAACUAAUCAUGUUUACCUACCUGUUGUGUAAGUGAAGCACCUUAAGUAAAAAUCAUUUUGAUAAUGUGUGAUGAUCUUCUUGUUUGUGUAUGAGUAGACCGUCAGUGCCUUGUCCUACUGAAUGCUCGUUACACCCAAUAACUGUUUCAA